GGCGGGUCGUUUCUGCAGUCGUUCAAGAUGAGUCUCAGCGAAAAGGUGGUGAUCGUGACGGGCGCAAGCAGCGGUAUUGGUGCAGCCAUUGCCCAGGUUUUGGCCCGCGAGGGAGCCCUUCUGGCGCUGGUGGGUCGCAACGUAGCUAACCUGGAGGCCACCCGGAAGACCCUACAGCAGCAGGUGAAGGGCAUUCGGGCGGAGAUCAUAGCCGCGGACGUGACCAAGGAUGCAGCGGCCAUUGUCCAGCAGACGAUCACUCAGUUCGGCCGCAUCGAUGUGCUGGUAAACAACGCCGGAAUCCUGGGCAAGGGCGGCCUCAUUGACCUGGACAUCGAGGAAUUCGACUCGGUGCUAAACACGAACCUGCGCGGCGUCGUCCUCCUCACCAAGGCGGUGCUGCCACAUCUCCUGCAGACCAAGGGAGCCGUGGUCAAUGUGAGCAGCUGUGCCGGUCUGCGACCCUUUGCGGGCGCUCUCAGCUACGGUGUGUCCAAGGCGGCCCUCGACCAGUUCACCCGGAUCGUGGCCCUCGAGAUGGCCCCACAGGGAGUGCGCGUCAACUCGGUGAAUCCCGGCUUUGUGGUGACCAACAUCCACCAGCGCAUUGGCAUCGUCGAUGAGGAAUACAACGGCAUGCUGCAGCGGGCCAUCGCCUCCCAUCCCAUGGGCCGUGUUGGGGACGUGUUCGAGGUGGCCGAGGCCGUAGCCUUCCUGGCCAGCUCCAAGGCCAGCUUCACCACCGGCGCUCUCUUCCCCAUCGACGGCGGCAAGCACAAUCUGACGCCUCGUUAAUCAUCCGCCGCCUCCGACCCUAAUUAUACUCCCUCUUAUAUUUUCCAUUUCCUCUCCCUUUUUUUUUCAAUAAAUAAAUAAUAAGCAACCGUC